CGUGGGGGUGCUGCGGCGGUCGCUGCGGGUGCUGGCGGAGCUGGCGGCCCAGCUGCACUCCGCCCGGCUGGCUGCGGGCGCACUGGAGCUGGCCGGGGCGGAGCUGCGCUUCAAGACCGACCCCGUCAGCGGGGCGCCGUGCCAGGUGGUGUGCAAGCAGAAGAUCCCCAUGAUGGAUGUGGUGGCGGAGCUGAUGAUCGCAGCCAACUCGGCGGUGGCGCAGCGCAUCGCGACCGCCUACCCGGGGGCCGCACUGCUGCGGCACCACCCGCCGCCGCGACCGCAGGCAGUGGAGCAGCUCCGCGCCCUGCUGGCGCCCCACUCCGGCGACGCGCCCCUGGACCCCGCCUCCAACGCUUCCCUCGCCGCCGCCCUGCACGCCGCCGCCACCUCCGCCGCCGCCUCCGCCCACCCCGCCGCCGCCACCCUCAUCAAGAGCCUCGCCACUCGCGCCAUGAGUGAGGCCGCGUACGGCAGCUCCGGAACCUACCCGCCGGGCACCCCGCUGUCGUACCAUUACGGACUCGCGCUGCAGUAUUACACGCACUUCACAUCGCCCAUUCGCAGGUACGCCGAUGUGGUGGUGCACCGGCAGCUGCUGGCGGCGCUGGCGGGCCGGCCGCCACCGCUGCCGCACGCCGCGCUGGCCGCCGCCGCCGCCACCAUGAACUCGCGGCACCGGGCGGCCAAGGCGGCGCAGAAGGAGUGCGGCGAGCUGUACCUGCUGCUGCUGCUGCACCGGCAGCCGCAUGUGGAGAGAGCGCUGGUGUGCGGCAUCUCCGGCUCCCGACUGGAGCUCUUCGUGCCCGCCUACCAGCUGCGGGGGCGGGUGGAGCUGCUGGACAGGCGGGGCGGGCCGCGGAUGCCGCCGCGGGGCCGGGAGGAGGAGGAGCGGGCGGCGGAGGAGGAUGCGUUUGCGGCCGCGGAGAGGCGGGGGCUGCGGCUGUGCACUUCAAACGACCACGCAGCCAUCUACGACACCCCAGACCCCACCUCCUCCACCCCCUCCUCCUCCUCCGCGCCCCUGUGGUCAGUGCGGCUGUGGCAGUGCGUGUCCGUGCGCCUGGCCGCCUCCGAGCUCCGCGCCCACGGCCCCAAGCUCUCCAUGCGCCUGCUGCACCCGCUCCACCCGGACGCACUGCCACCGGAUGGACACCAGCAGCAGGCGGGGCAGCAACGGCAGCAGCAACGGCAGCAGCAACGGCAGCAGCAGCCGUCCUCAGGUGUUGCUGGGAGGGCGGGCCCUGCUGGGCCGAGCCCUGCGGCAGCGGAUGUGAGUGCGGGAGCGGGUGGGGUGGUGGUUGCUGCUGCGGGGGUUGGCAACGGCAACGGCAACGGCGGCAGCGGUGGCGGCGGCUGCGGCAGGACGGCGGUGGAGGCGGCGCUGCCCCCGCACCUGCGGAUGCUGAUCCGGCUGCGGGACGGAGGGGGCCGGGCGCAGCAGCAGCCGCAGGAGGCCUCGCCGCAGCAGCAAGUGCAGCAGCAGGAGCCGUCCCUAGUGGCAGCAGCAGGAGCAGGGGCAGUAGCAGGAGGAGGAGGAGGUGGGGGAGGAGGAGGAGGUGGGGGGGCCCACCUCGCUGCUGGCUCCCCCGCAGCGCCCCAGCUGCCACCUCACCAGCCCCACCAGCGGCUGCCGUACUCGCCGCUCAUGCAGCCAACAGCAGCAGCAGCGGCCUUGUCAGGGACGGCAACAGCAGCAACAGCUGCCGCUGCAGCUGCUGCAAUACCCACUCAUGACAACGCCUCGAGACGAGGUGUGCACCCGCAGCAGCCACAGCAGCACCCACAGCAGCAACCGCAGCAACUGCUACCGGCAGUACAAGUGACGACAGUUGGUCGCGGGCGAAGCGUGUACGGCACUGCAGUGGUCACGGGUGGUCGUACUAGCAGUGCUGCGUACGGCAAACCUGACGGGGUACUAACUACUGCGGGUGGCCACGGCGAGGACGGCAGGGGCGAUGGGGUUGAAAAAGGGGAGGAGGAAGAGCGGGUUUUGGCUGCUCCGGCGGAGAUCCUGGUGCUAGCCGCAGCACCGCCGCCCAUCACGACGCCACUGCCGCAUCUGCUGAGCAGCGCUGCAAAGCUAGGAGCCGCCGCGGUUCCCGCCCCAGGGGGAGGGACCCAUGGGUCACAAUCACCUCACGCAGGGUCCUCACCACAGGGGCGGCCCCAUAGGGCUGAUGAUCAGCCCUUGCCGCCUCCUCGGAAGGAGUCCUCCUCCCUGCCGUACCCGUUGUCGUACGAUUCGCCGUCGUACUCCGCCUCAUCCCGGCACUCACCGCAGCAGCAGCAGCAGGAGGCGGCUGAGCGGCAGCGGCUGCGGCGCGUGUCGCGGCUGCAGGUGCGGCUGGCGGCGUGCAGGCGGGGCUCGGAGCAGGAGCGGCGGAUCCGGGAGCGGCUGGGGG